AUAGAAGGUAUAGAAGGCUACGGUGUAUACUUUUACAUUCUUUAUGCAGUCCUUUACUGUGUGUCCGUAGCCCGCGUAUGUGUAAGCAAUGAAAAUAAUAUUAUAUCCGUGCAGUUUAUUGUGUUAUAUUUAGUAAAAAGUUUUGUGUUUAAUUUGACGAUUACAUUUUAAAACCGAAGAAACAUGGAUCUAUCUACAUGUCAACUUCUUUUCUUAUUCUCAAUACUGGUGAAUGUGGUAUUAGCUGGUGAUAUGAUGAGAAAAUCGAUUGUAUACGACAAAAAAACACCUAAUGUAUUUUAUUGUCCAUUAAAUAAACCUACUGGUUUUGAUAAAUUGUUUGUACAUUCAAGACCAUUAAAAAAAUUAUGCGAAUUUGAUGGAAAACCUUUACCCGAAGACUACAAAUCCGAUUGCUUUCAGGACGUCGAUGAAACUGAAUAUGCUUGCAAGGAAAAAUAUAGAAUCAUGAAGAGAUUGUCGAAGAAACAACUGGAUAGUUUAUUCGGAAAUAACGACUAGAAUAACUCUAACAAAAUAACGCUCUGUAAUGUAAGAGAUGCGUCUUCACCCACCUGGUACGGAUGACGACAAAGAGAGUACAAAAUGGGAAAAAGCUUAUAAAAAAGUUGUAAGAAAACGUAAGAGACAACAAUCACAAUAAAUAGUUUACACGGUGAUGAUAAAUAUUAAAUAAUGAACGAAAUACAUAUAUAGUUACUAGAUACCUAGUUUAUAGUAAAUUAGUAAUAUGUUAUAUCAUUGAGUAUAUAUUAUACAAUGUAUACUCAAUGGUAAUUGGUAUUAGGUAAUAAACAAUAAUUUAUAUUUGCCACAGAUUACAAAUAGUCCUAUGUAUAAAAAUGCGGUGCUAUUAAUAAUCAAUGACUAAACUAAUUUUAUAUUGUAGUAAUAAUGUUAUUUAUAUUAUAUUAUAAUCAGUUAACAGUUUUAAUGCAGUUGUACCUAACUCUUAAUGUUUUUUACUUUUUAUAUAUUUCAAAUACGAUAGGUACAUUUUAUAAAAAAAUAAAAACAAUAAUCAAACUAUAA